AUGGAAAACAGAUCUAUUACUAGUAAAGUAAGAUCUAAUAAUAAUUAUAAUAAUAAUACAGGAAAUAUAUUUUUAGUUAUUAGUUUGUUUCUACUUUUAAAUGUGUGGUCUGUAGAUGCAGGUGCACACAAUGCGCCGGUGCUUCGAUUCUCAAAGAAUCUGAUGACUCUGCCAAAUGCAGAGCGAUUACAACUCGGUUGUGUUGGUGGCACUGCAAAAUCAACCAAUGAAGAGCCAAACUAUAUAUUCUGUGUAUCUACCGAAGAUGAUAUAUUCAGUCCUAAAGCCAAGUACAAAUGUCAAAAUCCUAACCCAUCAGGUUCAUCUACUACAUCACACUUUAAUGUUGUUUGUAAAAGAGAUAAAAACGAUUUUAAAGAAUAUACAUUUGGAGAUGAUCAUCCUUGUUAUCUUGAAUAUCAUGUUGAUUGGAUUCAAUGGAAUCAAAAUAGUUUGAUGAUUAAAGGUUUACGUUAA